ACCGACAAUGAUUUUCCUGUUCAUGUCGAUUUUCGCCCGCUUCUUUCAGCCAGGCUGGACGGGUGUGAACGAGCGCACCUUCAUUGCUGUGAAACCAGACGGCGUGCAGCGGAAACUGGUGGGAGAAAUUGUACGUCGUUUUGAGAAGAAAGGGUUCAAACUUGUGGGCUUCAAACUUGAGCAGGUGCCAGAGGAUCUUCUGAGGGAACAUUAUUGGGACCUGAGGAAUAAGCCGUUCUUCAGCUCGCUGAUAAGAUACAUGAGUUCUGGACCUGUCGUUGCAAUGGUGUGGCAGGGUUUGGACGUGGUCAAAACUGCUCGCAAGAUGUUAGGAGAGACCAACCCUGCCGACUCGCUGCCUGGAACCAUCCGGGGAGAUUUCUGUGUAGAAGUGGGCAAGAACGUGAUCCACGGCAGCGACUCGGUGGAGAGCGCCCAGAAAGAAAUCUCUCUGUGGUUCCGUCAGAGCGAGCUCCACCACUGGGAGAGCAGCAGCAGGAACUGGAUCUACUGACAGUUUGUACACUUCUGUAUGUAAACCAGUGGUCUUUAAUGUGACCUGUUAACAACAAAAAGAUCACAUCCCGCCUCAGACGAGUCUUUUUGACGUU